AUGGCUACUGUUAUUCCACCACCAUCUAAGAAACAAAAGAGAGAAGCACAGCAAGUGCGUGAGCUUGACUUGGUGCCCAAGGACCUCCCCAAUGUGUUGAUCAAGUUCCAAGCCUCAGACACUGGAGAAACUGUUGGAGGGUCAAUACGAGUACCUGGAGGGAUUAGUGAGAAACAAUUGGAAGAGCUUUUAAAUCAACUUAAUGGCCAGACUGAAGAGCCUGUGCCGUACACGUUUUCGUUGUUGGACCAGAAGGAUGGACAAGCAGAAACACUUAUAGACAUUAAAGAUUCCAUAUAUUCCUCGGUGUUGAAACCUGGGAUCAAGACUACAGAAGACUUUCUUACAAUUAUAUAUACUCCUCGAGCAGUAUUCAAGGUGAAUGCUAUCACUAGAUCCAAUGCGGCUAUUUCUGGUCAUAAAUCUACUAUAUUGUGUUGUCAAUUUGCUCCCAAUGAUUCUGGUCGUAUGUGUACUGGAGCUGGUGAUUCCACUGCUAGGGUAUGGGAUUGUAAUACCCAAACACCUUUAUAUACUUUAAGUGGCCAUUCUAAUUGGGUUUUGUGUGUGGCAUAUUCACCUUGUGGAACGAUGAUUGCUACCGGGUCUAUGGAUAACACAAUUAGAUUAUGGGAUGCUGAUACUGGAAAACAAAUGGGAAGUGCAUUGACUGGACAUUCCAAAUGGAUUUCAUCCUUGACUUGGGAACCCUUAAAUUUAGUUAAAGUUGGAGAUACUCCAAGAUUAGCCUCAGGUUCCAAAGAUGGUACUAUUAAAGUCUGGGACACAACUAGAAGAACUUGUACCAUUACCAUGAGUGGACAUACCAAUGCAGUGUCAUGUGUGAAAUGGUCAGGUUCAAAUAUUGUAUACAGUGCAUCUCACGAUAAGACCAUCAAGGCAUGGGAUAUUACUGUAUCUGGUAAAUGCAUACAAACGUUAAAGAGUCAUGCUCAUUGGGUUAAUCAUUUGGCUAUCUCCACAGACUACGCUUUAAGAAAGGGAGGUUUCGAUCAUUCGUCAACCCGUACAAGUAGUAAGACCAUUUCACCAGAAGAUAUGAGAGCUAAGGCACUUGAACAAUAUGAGAAAGUGGCCAAACUUGGAGGGUCAAUUAGUGAACGUCUUGUGACUGCUAGUGACGACUUCACAAUGUUCUUAUGGGAACCAUUAAAGUCCAGUAAACCAGUUUGUCGUAUGACUGGACAUCAGAAAUUGGUAAACCAUGUUUCUUUCUCACCAGAUGGAAGAUACGUUGCUUCAAGUUCAUUUGAUAACUCCAUUAAGCUUUGGGAUGGGGUCAAGGGAACAUUCAUCGGCACACUCCGUGGCCAUGUUUCUGCUGUGUAUCAAACUUCAUGGUCUGCUGAUAACAGAUUGCUUGUAAGUUGUUCUAAAGAUACCACUUUGAAGGUUUGGGAUGUUCGUACUAGGAAACUUAAGGUUGAUUUACCUGGCCACAGUGAUGAAGUGUAUGCUGUUGACUGGAGUAUGGACGGGAAAAGAGUUGCUAGUGGAGGCAAAGAUAAGAUGGUAAGAUUAUGGGGCCAUUAA